UUUGAAAAGUGUAAACUUUUUUCGAAUAUUUAAAAUGAAUCUUGUCACUAGUUGCAUAAUUUUUUUAUUAUUCAAUAUAUUAUUCGGUGUCAUGGCUGAUGGUGACAAAUCCAAUUGCAUGAAAGAUUGUUUUGAUGGUUUUAAUCCAGUUUGUGCAACCAUUGAAGAUCUAGAAGGCAACCCUAUUGAUUGUAACUUUGGAAAUGAAUGUAUUUUGGGAAUUUUAACGUGUGUGUCUGGUAAAAAAGAAAUUGCAAUGAAGCCGGAACCUUGUGCAGUUCAGAAUCCUAAAUGUCUUCAUAAACAGAUGAGUUUCAAAGGAUCGGAAGAGUUUAUAAACAGUUUUUAAUGAAAUAUUUUUUAGAAAAUAAAACAAAGUGAAAACAAGUAAGAAAUUAAA